AUGUAUAGGUUUAGUUUAAAUAUAAUUAUAUUUUAUGUAUUUAUUUUAAAUAUUAUUGAUAGUAUAGAUGCAUCUACUAUCAAGAAAGUUGUAGUUCAAAAUCCAAAUAUCGUUUCACCGAAAACAGGAGUAUGUUCAACAGCUCUCAGUAUAUCAGUUGAAAGUAGUUUCUUGAUAAACUAUUCAGAUUUCACAAUCGAAUCUUCUGUAUCUACUACCGUAUUUCAGAAAUUAGAUGCCUACCGAAAUGGAGAUAGUCAAAUGUUUGUUUUCCAACUGAACUUGAUCAACAUUACAGAAGGAGAUUACAAUGCAACAGUACGCCUAUCAAGAUCAUCUAUACCAAAUUUUCCAAAUGAAACAUACUUUAUAUUUCCAAUCCAAUGUAAAGCAUCCUCUAUAAAUCAAUUUAGUAUUGUUUCUCAAGGAGCACCAACUUAUGAUGAAAAUAAUGGCAUUGUACAAGCCUUUCAAUUCAAUUUCGAUACCUCUAUCUAUUUAACAUUCUCUGAUUUCUUCUAUGAUAGUAGAUGUGUUACAAAUGGACCUUUCAACUGUGGAAUAAGAAGAUGGCUAGCCAGAGAUUCAAAUUCCUAUAUAAUGACCAUUACCAUCAACGAAAACAUGGUUUUUGAAGAUGAUACGAUCAAUGUUCAAAUUUCAUUCCCUAUUUCAAAAUCAUCUUUCAAUAUUACAAUUCUUAAUUUUUAUCCUCACGAACCAACAACAUCAGUUCUUCAAUCUUUUCAAACAUACCCAGCACCUGGUGGAAGUUAUAUUCAGAGUCAACUUUUAGAAACAUUACCAGCUUAUUUUUUUAUGUCAUUUACCAAAUUUAAUUCAAGAUUAUAUGGUAACUUACGUACUCUUAGAGUAUUUAAUAAUGAAACUUUAACAAUAUAUACUGGUUUCCUACCAAUUCAAUCUACAAUAUCGACUCUUCCUAUUUAUAUAGUUGACAAUGUUUCAUCCAUUCUUAAUGAUACGUAUAUUUAUUCAUUCACACAAUUUGAAUUGUCUUCUGGUAUUUCCUACAAUUCUAGUUAUUGGAAUAUAGAUUCAACAACAAACACUUUCUUUAUGACAUACACCUAUAAUUCAACUUAUCUAUUUAAUUUUCAGAGUACUCUCACAUUCGGACCGAUUCCCUUAACUAUGAGCAAUUGGUGUCCAUACGGCAGUAUAAAUGGAAAAUAUAUUUAUAAAUUGGAAACACCUUUCAUUCAAUCAACAAUAUCUGAAACUGCUUUCUUUGGCUCAUUGGAUUCAAAAUUUGGGACAAAUGCAAACUUAGUUCCCAUAAUGAACAAUCAAAUUCCACAAUAUUUAAUUGAUUUCAAGAUUGUUUCUGUAUUUACUGUUUUGGUUAGAAUAAGGAUUUUAUCAAACUAUGCAGUUUUGUCAAUCAAUAUUGGUGGUAGAAUAUUAAUUGCAUCAAACAACCUCAUCGAUGGAGAUCAAUAUAAUGGUACAUAUGAAAUAGAAAUCUUCCCUUUGUCGUUUAAAGGUUUUGCAAUAACAAUUUUCAACACAAACUAUCAAAGUAUCACUUUCUAUGCAGCAUUACCUUAUAAUAAGAGAGGUGAUAUUCUUCCAGAAAUUCCAGUAUACAAAAAUUUAUACUCAAAUAUAUACAUGAAUAUAACAUACUUUGAAUUCAUUCCAAACAAUAUCGAUUUGACAACAAGUGCAUUGGAUAUUAAAUUGUAUUUGAACUUCUCGAUUCCAUUGGAGAACUUGACACCAUCCAUUAGUUUUACUUCUUUAUCAGGACCCAGAAUAUAUUGGAAAGGAUCUUAUAACACGAGUUUACAAUUGUUUGAAAUUGAUAUUCAAUUACAGAGAGAUAUGAUGAUGGGAUCACAACAAUUUAGUAUAGAUUUUAAUCAAAUUUUUUCUUUAAAUUUUCCAAACUAUAUAUUACAAUCGGUUAUUGGUCAAAAUGCAACUUUGAAUAUAUCUAAAUCAAGUGGAGGAAUUUAUUUAUCACCACAAAUUACAGAUAUAAAUAGUUUAACAGCUCUCAAUUUAACAUUACUUCCAAACACAAGUUAUACUCUUGGAUGGGAUUUAAAUAUCACAGAUCCAUAUGGAUUCACAAAUGGAAGUCUUUAUGUUCUUUCAAAUUUCGAUUUACUUCCUUAUAUCAUUCUAUUCAACUCAUCCAACAGAAUAUCUGGUGGACCAACCGAUGGAGUCUAUCGAAUCAACUUUACAAUCAACAGCAAUACACUUUCACAAACAUUUAUAAUGUCAAAUAUCACACUUUUAAGUACAAUCGGAAAGUUACAGUUUCCAACACCACCUCUCAUGUUAAUUUAUGGAACUCCAAAAGAACAACAAUUAAGAUUAUCUGUCGUUUCUACAUCUGACCUUAAAGAUAUAGAAGCACCAAUUCUUUCAAAUUUAAUUAUUUCACCAAAUGUUGAUGUUGGAUCUCCAAUCAGAACGGUUGAAUUUAAUAUUAUACUUUUUGAAAAUAUUACAGGAUCAGGUGUUUCAAUUCGACACACACCAUUCAUUCGUUUAACAUCAGAGAAUGCCAACUAUAUGGAAAUUAAUUCGAUUUUCAAGACAACAUCUGGUGAUGGAUAUUAUUACUUUUAUGGAAAAGCUCAACUUCCAUAUGGAUUUGGUUUGAAUAAUAUCUUUGUCAGUGUCUAUUCAAUUUAUGAUAAUUUCUUGAACAUGAGAGCUUAUAAUUCAAUGGAUUUAAAGGAUUUAAGCUUACCAUACCUGAUUCAAAGAUCAUUUACAUUUAAUACACCAAUCAUCGAGAGUUCAUCAGAUCUUACCAGUCGAGGAGGUUCACUUACAAUCUAUGGACGUGCAUUUGGACUCACAAACAACUCCAUGCUUUCACAAAUCGAUUAUGGAAAUGGAUUUGAAGAUAUGAAUUUAAAUUUCCAUUCUGGAAUCAUUUUGCAAUUCAACAACAUCAAACAAAUCACAACGGAUUUCGUGACAGUCAGAGUGAUCAGAAAUAAUAUAUUUUCAAAUCCAUUCAUUAUUCCAGUCAAGAAAGUUUCACUUCCAAAUCCAACAUCAACACCAACAUCAACAGCUCCACAAAAGUGUCCAGGUACACCAGAGUGUAAUAAUAAUGGAAAUUGUAUCAAUUCAAUUUGUCAAUGUCAAUUACCUUGGUAUGGUCCAUCAUGUUCUUCAAAGAUUAUUAUUAUUCCGACACCUCCUGCCAAUCCAGAACCAGUCACAGGAACCAAUAUUACAGAAUCAGGAUCAUUGAUUACAACAUCUAUUGAAAUCAUCGGUGUCAGAGAACUUGAUGAUACAAUGAAUAUUGUCAAACAAUUCAACAUCAGCAAUUGGAAUUUCACAGAUUUAACAACACCAACAUCGAAUCCAAAGUAUUUCUAUUCAACACAACUCAAUCAAACAACAACAUUCCUCAAUGUUUCGAUUGAAUAUUUCAAACAAUCAACAAACAUCACAUUUGCCAAUCACAAUCUUUACAUUCCACAAUCAACAAUCAAGUUUACAAUGAACUUGAAUUCAUAUAAAUUCGAUAAUCCAUUGAAUUUCUUGCAGAUCUUGAUGAAAUCAUCGAUUGAAACAGAUUCAUCAGAUUCAUGUUCAUCAUCUGGAGUUGGUGUUUCUGGUGGAUCUGUCGAAUGGAUCAAAUUGAAUAUUGAUGAUCAAAGUCUUUAUGGUCGAUUCUUAUCUGAUGCAGUCAUCGAUUACACAGUAACACCAAUUCGGAAUGUAAUCAUUGACCAAGAUGACACCAAAUCAUCAAAUACCAAUCAAAUUCGAUCAGCAAUCGUUGGAAUCACCAUUCCAAAUUAUUUAUUCUCAGUCGAUUUGGAUCCUGACUUUUCAAAUCUCAUUGAUGUUGAUUCAAGUGAUACAUCUGACUUGAUUUGUUCAAAGAAGAAUCGAUUAUCAAAUGGAGCUAUUGCAGGAAUUGUUGUUGGAAUUGUUGUAUUUGUGAGUAUUGUAAUUGCAACAACAUUCUUUUUAGCAAAGAAAAAGAAAUUCAGAAAACAAGAAAUCAGAAUGAAAAAGAAAUUACAAACAGAGAACAAUAAAAAUUUAUAA